GCUCAUUUUCAAUCAACUCCAAGAUCACCAGACCUAUGGGCAUCUGCACCUUGCAAUUCAUCUUGUAGCACCACUAGCCGUUGGCAACUGCGAAAAGAAAUUUUACAAAUGUACUAAUAGACAUAGAGAAAAGCUCUUGCAUCACCGUUGUACAAACCAAAUCAUCCUAUCCUAAAAAAGCAUUUCGUGUUAUGAUUCUAUUUUCCGUUUUUGCAGCAAUUCAUCGCGAUAAAGAAACACCCCCGUGAACAAUCGGGCGACAAGAAGGUAAUAGACCUGCCGCCCGAAUAAAUUAGAUCCGGCGACACGAUGGGAAACGCGUGCAACGGGUGUUUUGCGGGGCUGACAAGUUCCCCGGCCAACCCGCAGAUGGACCCGAACCGGGCGGAAAACGUGCGCGACCACAAAGCGCUUGCCGCGGCGGCACAGAAGGGGAACGUGGAGCACGUGAGUGCGCUGCUGACGGUGGCGGACCCGCUGUGGCCGGACGAGGGAUUUUUCAUGUACACGGCGCUGCACCUCGCCGCCGCUUCGGGGCACGCGGAAGUGGUCCGGUUACUUCUAGAGGACGACCGGGUACAGGGCAGGAGCGCCAUUGACGUACGGUCCACGUCCGACGAGACCCCCUUCCUCAUGGCCGCCAGAGGCCGGAAACGGGAGGUUUGCAAACUGUUUCUCGAUAGGGGGGCGGAUUUAGAGGCCAAAACAAACUACAAGGGAAACCUUGCCCGCAGUGUACGCAGCUACCUAGAGGAAGCCGGGUUUGCAGAUUUGCUGGAGGAGAGUUAAUAGUAGUUCUCGUCGUCUUUGCGCAGAUCAGAAAGUUGUUUGUUGAGUAAAAAAUCCUGAUGUUUUUCAACAUGAUGUGCUAAUCGUGCUACCUUCUAAAUAGAAGUGCGGUGGCGCUUUCGCUUUCAUCUACACAUUUAACGACGCAGCACUGCAGGAUGCAAUUUUUCGCCAGUUUAGUCAACG